UGAUUUCCCUAUUUUGUACACACAGGCGUCACGUGACGUGGGGAAAGGGAACUUCCGACGAAUCAAGCAGACGAGAUUCGUAUCCGCACCAUUCGCGUUUGAAUGAUCCAACAUACAAACAUCACAGCACAUACGCAAACAUAAAUACCUAUUCGAGCUGUCAGGUACGAAACCGUCAGCUCAAUUUUCCCGUAAAUUUAAUGUUCUUACGGAAAUUGAAGAUUUAGACCGGACAAAGUUAGUGACGCGCUUGAAAGUAGAGAAUGUACUCAUCACAAAUGGAAUCAAUCGUAUCGUUUAGGAGGUUUCCCGCAUUUUUUGUACGUUUAUUGAUUCUCAUCGCUUGACUUGGAAAGGUGGAUGCGAUGCACUGGCCCAGUCUCCAUGGCGACGUCUACACGAACGUGAAUUAGUCAAGUAGCCAAAGUACAAUCGUUUAGUUACCCGUGAGUUGUGAAAUGUCGGAGCACCAGGGCACUACAUUCAAUCACUCUUGCAUAAAGAUGCCGGUAGAUCCGUUUAGUAGGCAACCGACUCCGUUGUACGAACGUCCUAAGGUCUUGAAGAAUAAACAUUGCACAUCCGGAGACAAGAGUCGUAAAAUAAACUUCAUCAAUAGAAGCAAUGAGGACGCGUCUUACGUAUCGUUUCCUCAAGGGAAUUUUGCGAGUUUUAUGGACUUCUUAGAAAGCAUACCUGAUUACGGAGACGUCAAUCAUUUGUCCAAUGAGCAAUUCAAACAGAAAUUGGAUUAUUUGAAACGAAAGCAACGCACGCUACUCAAGAAUCUGAAGAACUGUCUUGAAGAAAGCGAUGGAAAAAUUGGGAUGAAAUGCAGUUUUGAAGAAUCAAGGACGGAGAGUCCGUUACCAUUUCCAUCUGAAAAAUUUGCUGGCCUCGCUGAAGAUCAAGACCUCUUGACUUAUCGCUGUAAAGAUAAAGAUGCAAAGACUUUGCGCAACAGGGAAAUUCACUCGGCGACCAAAAGCUGGAGUACUUGGAGCCAAUCGAAAAGUAGAGAAAGCGUAGAGAGUGACGCGGGUGAUAGUAUGGAAACAAAAAGCCUUCCUCCGGAUAGUCCAAAAAAGUGGCACCCGACUGUGCCCAAGCCUUUCAAUUUCACCAUCAGAGAGGAAGCAGAAAAAUACAUGUCGGCAGUUGAACUGCAGGCCGAAGAGAGAGAAACAAAGAACGUAGCUGGCAAACGGAAUCCUCUAACCAAGCGUCAUGCCAGGCCUGUUCCUCUAACUUCAAAACUUCCGAUGUACGACAAGUUACUUGCUGAGAAGGAAGAAAGAAGUCGAAUGGUACGGGAAGAAAGUGCCUGGAGUCUCAUGUCACAGGUUCGGCCAUUCAGAUUGGAAUGCGCUCGGAGAGCUCUGACUCGCUCAAGUCCGCAAUUAUGCCGAAACAGUUCCUUGACCAACGGUUCACGCUUGGCUCAGAGAUUUCGCGCAAGGCCUGUGCCGAAAAAUUUAUUCAGUACCAAUGUUUAUGACCGAAUGAUAGAAGAUGACCUUUACAGAUCUUUAAGAAAAAAAGUUCGGGCCUCGGAGUUGUUGAAAUCAUCUUCGUUACCUCCAUCGAUGGCUGCUCGGGAGCGGAUGAGGUCUGUGAACGGAGAGUUUGUUAGUCUAUCACGGGAGUUGGGCAUCGAACGAGUAUGCGGAGGAAGGGAAUCUACAGGAGCCAGUGUUACACCUUUGCCUUCUGAGAGGUCUAGAUCAGCUAUGACCAGCACCAGCUUAUCCACGAAGGGUACCAACUUAGCGGCAGUGUUGAGAUGUCAAGCUUCCAGAGAGAAAAUGGAACGUGAAAUUCAAGAACGGAUGGAAGAAAGACGUCGAGAACAAUUUUUGAAGAGCAGAGAGUCCGUCGUGCGGCGCAGGCCCGCCUGGCGAGCCUUGAGAGCUGCUGCGAGGCAUGAACAUGAACAAGAUUUGGCUCUGCGGGCUUCCCUGCGCCGGGACGAGGCACGAGAACUAGCCGAACGCCAUCGUCUCCACAUGGAAAUGAUGCUUGGUCGAGUGACGCAAAUCCCAACGUUGUUUGAACGACACUCGCAGAUGGAAGAAUACUUUCAGAAUUUUCGAACAUCACCGCUUCGCCGUGCAUCAGUAGGUACCAGUAACAAAUCUAAGAAGAAAAGAACCAAACGACCUAACUCGGGAAGCGUUGAAUCUUAUUCCAGCAGUAGGAGUAGUUCAAGACCAAAUUCCGGUUCAGUCGCUAGCUCAGGAACAUCGGUAUCCAGCAGCAAUUCUUCAAAAUCAUCGGACUCAAGGAAAUCCGUGAAAUCAUCCGGGUUGUCAAAGAAAAAAGGCGACAGGGGUCCUUUGAAGGUUUCCAUAAAUGAAACUGCGCAACUCAUCGAGGAUAACGAUGACAAGUAUGAGAGGUAUUCGAGCGAUUCAAUUCCAAGCGACGAGAAUAACGCGAGCGCGUCCGAAAGUGAAGAAAAUAAUGAUAGCGUCGAGCGGUUCAAGACUAAAUAGACCUAAAUAUUUACCAAAAGUUUGAGAGUAUAUUCUCCACAGGUGAAGUAAACGUAUAGGAAUAAUCGCUAUGAUCAAUCGAGGAGAACUAUGGCUUAGUCGGUCUUUAAUUUGUGUACGGACAAUGCGUCUCGUUCAAACUGUGCGGGCGAGACAAUUGCUAAUAGGGUUCUGUGCAAUUUAGUCUAACGUAGAUAUAGAACAUAUCCGAGUUCUGCCAAAAUAUUGAAUAUCGUAGACAUUCAUCAAGACAUUUUACAUGAUUUUGCACACGGAUAAUAUGCUUUUAUGCUCUUGAAAGCACCGUCAUUACACUUUAGCGCAAUUUUAACAAGCAUUUCAAUUACGCACUUAUUAUAGGUACAAUUCAAUUGUGCAACAGUGUCUCAACAACCGUAGAAGAACCAAGUGUCUUUGCUGACAAAAUCUUAUGAAAUUUUGUAAUCUCUUGGAUUGAAUAAAUUAUACAUAGCACACUUGCGAACGGCUAAUAUUUCUAAUUUUAAAGAUGAAAAUUGGAAAAUCUUUGAAUGCGAUUAAAGACUUUCAGCUAACGUGUUCUUACCGCAGAUAAUUGAUAGGCGUUUACUUUGACGGUUUAAACACCGACAGUUGUAAAGUAUUGUUUUAUUAAUAUAGCGAUAAAGUAAACAAAUUAAUUAGGUUAACUGAUUAUAAAGGAUUACCUCGUAGCGAAGUGCAAUUCUUGAUGCGCCCUCGCAGCAAUUGCCAAAAAGUAUUAUGCAUUCCACGGUAUCGUAUAAAUCGCGUACAUAUGUAGGUAGAUAUGUUAUACAUGCAUGUGGCUAUACGGAGAGGGAACGUAUUUAACUACGCAAUAACAUCGAACAGAGCCGAGCCUUAUACACGAUUCGCCAUGAAUUUUGCGACUAACCUACCCUACAACCACCGUCAUCUAAGAGCGUAUUUACAGAUAGUGCUGCCUGAUUGUAAAUCGUGCCGUGGAAUCGUGCGUUUCUUUCAGUCUAUUCAUAUAAGAGGUGUUAAAUAUUAUUCGGUCAUUGUGUUAAGUAUCCAGUCCAUGUAGUAAGGGACUCUCGUGUAGACACCGGGGAAUCCUUCGAUUCCGCACUGCUUUGGUCCAAAACUGA